AUCAAAACAGUAUUUAGAUCUGGUAACACUAUCUCAUGACGCUUGAAUUUUAGCGGAAAAAAACGAAAAGGAAACAACUGUAAACCCAAAUAUUUUAAACAAAAAUCCAAGAUGCCUCGCACGAAGAUUUCAAAGAACUCAAAACGCAACCGCGAUGUUGCCAAUCGAGAAGAGAAGGUACGCUUGUACGAGCUGAAGUUGGACUCCUGCCUGAUCGGCGUCGACUCGCUGGAGGCCAAGUAUAUGGCCGAAGUGGAUCGCCAGAUCAAGACUAUUCAGAGUCAGUUGCAAAAGGAGCUGGCCGAGAUGAAAGUACCUGAAAUGCUAAAACUUUUCGAGGAACUCGACCGCUUUAGCGACUACAAGGCUAGCGAUCAGACUCAGCUGCUCGCCUCGAUGUCCAUGAGCGGUUGCACCACCGACGGACGCGCACCCUCAGCCACUGGGAGUCGCAAUGACGAAGGCUACCUUACAGAGGACAGCAGCAUCGGAACCAGCGGCAGUAGCAUUCUGGCCGCCCACACAGGAUCCUUGUUAUGGUCUACGAAAGCAAUGCGGACGCCCGGGCCGCUGUGCUCGGCCAAGGCACGUCGUGUCCGUCGCAGUCGAUCCGCCUGCGAAGAUUUGAAUGUCUUGCACUCGGCCAAACCGCCGCCCGUUACCAGUGGCGCAAAUAGUAGUCGUAAUUCGCGCAGCAAGAUGCGCACACCAACGGUCUCGCGCACGAAGGCCUUCAGUGCCGAUCGCACACCUUUGGCACAGAAACAGAUGCGUUCCGGGUCGCCAACCACACCGCCGAUGGCUUUUCUGCGCUAUCCCAAGCCCGGCGAGGUGGUCCUCUCCAAGUACGGCAGCCCCAUGGUGGCCCAAGUAAUGCCAGACAAGUUCGCCAAUGUUAACAUACCUAUACGAAAUGGAGUUCUCAGUCUGCGGCCCAAGAAACUGGAUGCUGGUGAGGUCGAGUCAAAUCUGCUUGACAACAUGAACGCAGAUACUUUCAACCAGAUCAAAGCGUUGCACGAGAACUUGCAGUUAAUCGUAGAUAAGGCCAGCAAGGCGGGAUUCAUGUAGUUACAAAAAUCAUAUACUUAUCUAUUAUUUUAUAUCAUAUAUUUUAGUAUGUUCAGCUUUCAUCUUCAGUUUUUAUCUUACUAAAUUAGUUCACGUAUUUUGUCUUUAUUUAAAAAAAUUUAUAUUGUACGUUAAUCUGGGACUAAUGAAUAACUAAAUAAUUGUUACUUGUCUUCAAGGAAAUAUCCAAAAACGCGGUACAAUGGGAAACUUAUGCCUACUAUCUUAUCUUAGCCUGCAAUCUAAAAACAAUUUAGAAAGAAUUAUUUAUAUAUUUCCCAGAACUAUGGAAAACUUAAGGAUGACUGAAAUCAAGAAUGAUUGUUUCGAGUUUGUUUUUAUAGUUCCCUUAUUAUAGUUCUUAUAUUCAAAAUAAAUGUUCCCAUAAAUUAA